AUGACGACAGCGGCGGCGGCGGAGGUGGAGGAGGCGGAAGAAAAGGAGGAGGAGGGGGCUGAGACUGAGGCUGCGGCGGCAGCUGGCGACCAUCGCUCAGGUCGUCUCCGGCACCGCUUCGUGGGCAUCGGGAGGGCCCACUUCGAAAAGCAGCCCCCUAGUAACCUGCGCAAAAGCAACUUCUUCCACUUCGUGAUCGCGCUGUACGACCGCGCAGGCCAGCCCAUCGAGAUCGAGCGAACCGCCUUCAUCGGCUUCAUCGAGAAGGACCAGGAGACGGAGGGCCAGAAGACCAACAACGGCAUCCAGUACCGCCUGCAGCUGCUGUACGCCAACGGAGUGCGUCAGGAGCAGGACAUUUACGUUCGGCUGAUAGACAGCGUUACGAAGCAGGCCAUCAUUUAUGAAGGCCAAGACAAGAACCCCGAGAUGUGCCGGGUACUGCUGACGCACGAAGUGAUGUGCAGCCGCUGUUGUGACAAGAAGAGCUGUGGAAAUCGCAACGAAACGCCGUCGGAUCCCGUCAUUAUUGAUAGGUUCUUCCUCAAGUUCUUCCUGAAGUGCAACCAGAACUGUCUGAAAAACGCAGGCAAUCCUCGCGACAUGCGGAGAUUCCAGGUGGUGAUCUCGACGCAAGUGGGCGUGGACGGCCCGUUGCUGGCCAUCUCGGACAACAUGUUCGUGCACAACAACUCCAAGCACGGGCGACGGGCCAAGCGGUUGGACCCGGCCGAAGCGUUGAACGAGCCCACGAUAGACUACGGCUUUCAGCGCCUACAGAAGCUCAUCCCUCGCCACCCGGGAGACCCGGAGAAGCUGCCUAAG